AGCGCUGAGCCGUGACUGACAGCUCGUUCCCUCCCGGUGCGGCCGCUACCUCCGUGAUCCUCUACCGGCGGUCGGACUCUUCUACCGGCGGAACGAGCAGCGCGACUGGGAUGCGAGUGGUGUGACCCCCCGCUGAGAACCAGAGCACGAGGAAGAGGAGCCGGAGCAGGAAGGUGAGAGGCCGAGAGAGCGAGGGAGUGUGUGAGAGAAGUAAAGAGAGAGAGAGAGAGAAAGAGAGAGAGCCAUGGAGCAGCAGAGGCAAAGGACUCUCUCCACAUCCGGAGAAUCUCUGUACCUGGUUCUGGGCGUGGAGAAGAGCGCCACCGCUGACGACAUCAAGAAGUGUUACAGGAAACUGGCGUUAAAGUUUCACCCGGACAAGAACCCGGACAAUCCAGACGCAGCGGAGAAGUUCAAGGAAAUCAACAACGCCCACUCCAUACUGGUGGACACCACCAAGAAGAACAUCUACGAUAAGUACGGCUCCCUGGGGCUGUACGUGGCCGAGCAGUUUGGAGAGGAGAACGUCAACACCUACUUUGUUCUGUCCAGCUGGUGGGCCAAGGCCCUGUUCGUCUUCUGCUGUCUGUCCACUGGCUGUUACUUCUGCUGCUGCCUGUGCUGCUGCUGUAACUGCUGCUGUGGGAAAUGUAAACCUCGGCCGCCCAUGGACCAGGAGCCCGACUUCUACGUGUCCCCCGAGGACCUGGAGGCCCAGAUGACAGCUGACGAGAGAGGUGGCGGCGAGCCCGUCGUCCUGCAGCCGUCUUCAGCCACAGAAACCACCCAGCUCACCGGCGACGCCCACCACAGCUACCGGACCGACGCCUACUAACCACACGCACACGUUAAGAUCACACGUGACCUGAUCCCCACUCAAAUAUCACAACCGUGACACUAACAUGUUGCACGCACACUUAGAACGUCUGCAGUGGGGCUGUUAUUAUUUUUUUAAUAUUCAGAUUUUAUUCAGAUUUUUAAUGAUCUUUUUAAUUAAAUUGAAAGCGAACACAUUUAUAAAAUAAAUACAAAAUACAUAUUUGAAUCAUAUUGAGGUUUGUUGAUAUUCAAAUUCUGUUCAACCUCAGAAUUGGGUGUUCCAACAGCCCUUAUCUGCACCAGACACACAUACACACACACACACAUACACACACACACACACACACACACUCUGACAGUUCAGCCCAAACUUUUCCAUCUGAAUUUCAAACUGAGUUGAGAAGAGAAGCGAAGGAGAGAAAGAGAGAAAGAGACAGAGUUCAGUUCUUCAGAUACAGGUCGACACACAUGAGACACAAUCUUUUCCUCUGGUCUGAAUGAAAUGAUUUGUCUCGUUUAUUUUAUCGACUUUAUUGAUUGAUGACUCUCAGCUCGUGAAGAGGAUUUGAAAUGGGUUGAGAACUGAUUCAGGAUCAAAUUAACAUCCCUACCUUUGAAUCAGUGGAAAGCAUCUGCCCCCUGCUGGGAGCUUCAGGUCAGAGUGUCUGUUUAGAAUCCAUCACUCCAGGACUCCAGGGAAGUUUGAGAGCUUCCUUUAAUAACUGGUUUGUGUGCACUUGUGCUGGAAACCAUGAAUCAAACAUCAGCUGUGAGUUUGUUUACAUCCAGACUCUGUGGAAAGUUCCUCCUAUUAUCUACUGGCAGAGUAAUCCCAUUACUUCAGUUCCUCAGUAUUAGAGCUGAUCGACAUGGAGGCUGAUGCCAAUACAGAUAUUAGGUUAGCUUUUUCGAUACCAUCAUAUACUUACAGGAUUUACAGUGAUUCCCUUGAUGCUGUUUUCAAACCCUUAUGACAGAGAAAUGAGGCAGAGGUUUGAUAUUUAACAGUUUAACUAUAAACUUUAUUAUAAAUAACGAUAUUAUUAUAAUAAUAAGAAAGAAACCUUAACUACUCAUUAGUUCUUCAGUGUCUCUCUAACCGCGUCUCUUCUCCUUCACACUGAAUCAGUUGGCUGCUGCUGAGUCCAGAGUAAUAAUCAUAAAGAUCGUUACCAGCCCCGUUUUCUUUUUAAUGUUUGAUUAGUGUGACAGUAAAACGCUCUUCAUGUCGUGUAUGUUUAGAUUUCACUGUGGGUUUCAAACCCUUUUCUUCUUCUUCUGUAGAUUUGCUCUUUGUUCUCUCAUGUGUGUUGUUAAUGAAGGGAGGAUCACCUGUAUCCCAAGUCUUACUCGUUUGUGUGGCAGCGUUUUGUAGAUUAUUGGAUUAUCGUAGCAUCUGGAGCAGUUUGCAUCAAUCAGACUGACUAGUUAUAUUUAUAGUAAAGAUUUUCCAGAUGGACUUUUGUUUUGUAGUUUUUUCGUCACACGAGUUUCUCUCCAGCUCUGCUGGCGUAGAAGAACCAGGAACUUUGUGCUCGUUUGAAUGAACUGUUUAAUUUUUCUAAUAAAAAUCAAAAAUUCAGAAAAAAACUUAGACUUACAUCCAAGUAAACAAUCGAACCUACAUCCAACAACCUGGAUGAUCCACUGGCUGUAUUUAGUAUGAUGACUACAGCAAACACAUCAGUAUGUAUCAUUCAUAUCAUGACAAUGUGCAAUAAGAGCUAAUCAACACUUCUCCACUUCCUGACUUCCAUCAGCACUUUGAAAAGGUUCCAGAGAAUCUGCAGCUUCAUAAACAUGUGCAAAGAUUCCACCUGAAGAGAAAUGAGAUAAAGCUCAAUCCAGUUAUUAGACGUGUCCACCAUCAAGUACCAUCAAUUCUGAUUCAUGUUUUGCUUUUUUCAAUUUGUUUUUCAAAUAUGAAUUCAAAAGAUCUUUUCAAGUUUUCUGCAGAUGCUCCGUUUUAACAGAUUUCAUGUGGAACUUCACUCGUUCCCUCGUUCCUCUGUUUGUCCUCCGCUGAUUGAGAGUGAGACACAAGCAGCUGGAGUCAGGAAGCUUCCGUCAGUAGAUCUACAGCAUGGACAACCUGAACUGAUGUGUGAACAGAGCAACAGAUGAUAAUAUUCAAGCAUUAUUUUAUUUAUUUUAUUUUUCUUAUCUUUUUAAUAUUGGAUUAACUACUAGCUGGUAAGUGGAGGAGAUGUAUAGAAUCCUAGAUGUGAAUCAUAUUGACCGUGUGAAGACAAAAUGGCCGACCUGCUGUUUGUACUCUAGAGAUGUGAGUUGUCUGUUGUUAGCGUGGAUUCACACUUUGAUGAAUUAAGUAUCUGAUGUACUGAUGUCGUAAAAUAAAUGUUCAGAUGCUUCAGA